CCUGCACAGGCUCUGAAAGUGUCCCAGCUGCAACCUCAGGCCGGACAGACCCGCUGCAGCCUCGGAGGCAGUGCUCCCCAGCUGCUCGCACGUGCCGCUGCCAAGCUGCAGGAUGGUGCCCCGAGCCGGGCCGCUGCUGCUGCUUCUCGCCUUCCUCCUCCGCACGGACGCUGAGACACCUCCAAGGUUUACACGAACUCCCGUUGAUCAGACAGGGGUCUCUGGAGGAGUUGCCUCUUUCAUUUGCCAAGCUACGGGAGACCCGAGACCUAAAAUUGUCUGGAACAAAAAAGGAAAGAAAGUCAGCAAUCAGAGAUUUGAGGUAAUAGAGUUUGACGAUGGAUCUGGAUCAGUUCUCAGAAUACAGCCCUUACGGACUCCGCGGGAUGAGGCCAUUUAUGAAUGUGUGGCCUCAAAUAAUGUGGGAGAAAUAAGUGUAUCCACCAGACUCACAGUUUUACGUGAGGAUCAGAUUCCCAGGGGCUUCCCGACCAUCGACAUGGGCCCACAGUUGAAGGUGGUUGAGCGUACACGCACGGCCACCAUGCUUUGUGCAGCCAGUGGUAACCCGGAUCCAGAAAUCACUUGGUUUAAAGAUUUCUUACCCGUGGACACAAGCAACAACAAUGGUCGUAUUAAGCAGUUACGAUCAGAAUCUAUUGGUGGUACACCAAUAAGAGGAGCCCUUCAGAUCGAACAGAGCGAAGAGUCUGACCAAGGAAAAUAUGAGUGUGUUGCCACCAACAGCGCGGGCACUCGCUAUUCCGCCCCUGCCAAUUUAUAUGUCAGAGAGCUGCGAGAAGUUCGCCGCGUCCCACCAAGAUUCUCUAUCCCACCCACUAAUCACGAAAUCAUGCCAGGGGGAAGUGUCAACAUCACCUGUGUGGCUGUGGGGUCACCAAUGCCGUAUGUGAAAUGGAUGUUGGGGGCAGAGGAUCUGACGCCUGAAGACGACAUGCCAAUAGGAAGAAACGUCCUAGAGCUGAAUGAUGUCAGACAGUCAGCAAAUUACACCUGUGUUGCCAUGUCGACGCUGGGUGUCAUUGAAGCAGUAGCCCAGAUCACUGUCAAAGCCUUACCCAAGCCUCCAGGGACGCCCGUGGUGACCGAGAGCACGGCCACAAGCAUCACCCUGACCUGGGACUCCGGGAACCCCGAGCCCGUCUCCUACUACAUCAUCCAGCACAAGCCCAAGAACUCGGAGGAGGCCUACAAAGAAAUCGACGGGGUGGCCACCACGCGCUACAGCGUGGCCGGCCUGAGCCCCUACUCGGAUUACGAGUUCAGGGUGGUGGCCGUCAACAACAUCGGCCGCGGGCCGCCCAGCGAGCCGGUGCUGACCCAGACCUCGGAGCAGGCGCCGUCCAGCGCCCCGAGGGACGUGCAGGCGCGGAUGCUGAGCUCCACCACCAUCCUGGUGCAGUGGAAGGAGCCCGAGGAGCCCAACGGCCAGAUCCAGGGCUACCGGGUCUACUACACCAUGGACCCCGGCCAGCACGUCCACAGCUGGCUGAAGCACAACGUCGCGGACAGCCAGAUCACCACCAUCGGCAACCUGGUGCCGCAGAAGACCUACUCGGUGCGGGUGCUGGCCUUCACCUCCAUCGGGGACGGGCCUCUUUCCAGCGACAUCCAGGUCAUCACGCAGACCGGAGUACCAGGGCAGCCGCUGAACUUCAAAGCAGAACCUGAAUCUGAAACAAGCAUUUUGCUCUCUUGGACACCUCCACGUUCAGACACCAUCGCCAGCUAUGAACUCGUCUACAAAGAUGGGGAGCACAGAGAGGAGCAGCGAAUCACCAUUGAGCCAGGGCCAUCGUAUAGGCUGCAAGGGCUGAAACCAAACAGCUUAUACUACUUCCGUCUGGCUGCACGCUCUCCUCAAGGCCUGGGUGCUUCUACCGCGGAAAUAUCAGCUAGAACCAUGCAGUCAAAGCCGUCAGCUCCUCCUCAAGAAAUUAGUUGCACCAGCCCAAGUUCCACUAGUAUUUUGGUAAGUUGGCAACCUCCGCCCGUGGAAAAACAGAAUGGCAUUAUCACCGAAUACUCCAUCAAGUACACGGCAGUGGACGGGGAAGAUGACAAGCCUCACGAGAUUUGGGGAAUCUCUUCGGACACUACCAGAUACCUUUUGGAACAGCUGGAAAAAUGGACUGAGUACCGGAUCACGGUGACCGCCCACACAGAUGUCGGCCCUGGCCCUGAGAGCUUAUCCGUGUUGAUUCGAACCGAUGAAGAUGUUCCUAGUGGUCCUCCUCGCAAAGUCGAGGUAGAGGCUGUCAACUCAACAUCUGUUAAAGUCUCAUGGCGCUCACCUGUGCCCAACAAACAGCAUGGCCAGAUAAGAGGAUACCAGGUGCAUUACGUGAGGAUGGAAAAUGGUGAGCCCAAGGGCCAGCCCAUGCUGAAAGAUGUCAUGCUGGCUGAUGCACAGUGGGAAUUUGAUGAUACUACCGAACAUGACAUGAUCAUUUCUGGGCUACAGCCUGAAACUUCCUACUCCCUCACCGUCACAGCCUAUACCACCAAAGGAGAUGGCGCUCGCAGCAAGCCCAAACUGGUGUCCACCACAGGGGCAGUUCCAGGGAAACCCAGGCUUGUGAUUAACCACACUCAGAUGAAUACCGCUCUCAUUCAGUGGCACCCUCCCGUGGACACAUUCGGACCCCUUCAGGGCUACCGCCUAAAGUUCGGCCGCAAGGACACGGAGCCGCUCACCACUCUGGAGUUCUCUGAGAAAGAAGAUCACUUUACCGCGACAGACAUCCACAAAGGAGCGUCGUACGUCUUCAGGCUCUCAGCCCGAAACAAAGUGGGCUUCGGGGAGGAGAUGGUGAAGGAGAUUUCUGUUCCAGAAGAAGUCCCCGCUGGAUUCCCUCAAAGCCUUCACUCGGAAAGCACCACUUCCACCUCCGUCCAGUUAUCUUGGCAGCCACCUGUCCUGGCAGAGAGAAACGGCAUUAUCACCAAGUAUACCCUUCUGUACAGGGAUAUCAACAUCCCCCUUCUUCCCAUGGAGCAGCUUAUUGUUCCAGCCGACACCACUAUGACACUCACUGGCUUAAAGCCAGAUACCACAUACGAUGUAAAAGUACGUGCUCACACGAGCAAAGGGCCCGGGCCAUACAGUCCCAGUGUCCAGUUCAGGACACUGCCCGUGGAGCAAGUGUUUGCAAAAAAUUUUCAUGUCAAAGCAGUAAUGAAGACUUCAGUGUUGCUGUCUUGGGAGAUUCCAGAGAAUUAUAAUUCCGCCAUGCCUUUCAAAAUUCUUUAUGACGAUGGGAAAAUGGUAGAGGAAGUGGACGGCCGAGCCACACAGAAGUUAAUUGUCAACCUGAAGCCCGAGAAGUCCUAUUCGUUCGUGCUGACAAAUCGUGGAAACAGCGCUGGUGGGCUGCAACACAGGGUCACAGCCAAGACGGCACCAGAUGUGCUCCGCACCAAGCCUGCCUUCAUCGGGAAGACCAACUUGGACGGCAUGAUUACUGUGCAACUGCCCGAAGUUCCUGCAAAUGAGAAUAUAAAAGGUUACUACAUAAUAAUUGUGCCUUUGAAGAAAUCUCGUGGGAAAUUUAUCAAGCCAUGGGAGAGUCCAGAUGAAAUGGAAUUAGAUGAGCUGCUUAAGGAGAUAUCUAGGAAGCGCAGAAGCAUCCGUUAUGGGAGAGAAGUUGAAUUAAAGCCAUAUAUCGCCGCUCACUUUGAUGUCCUUCCCACUGAGUUCACCCUGGGGGAUGACAAACAUUAUGGUGGAUUUACAAACAAGCAGCUCCAAAGUGGUCAAGAAUAUGUCUUCUUUGUAUUAGCAGUAAUGGAACACGCAGAGUCUAAGAUGUAUGCAACCAGCCCCUACUCUGACCCCGUUGUGUCGAUGGAUCUGGACCCACAGCCAAUCACAGACGAGGAAGAAGGGCUGAUCUGGGUUGUCGGGCCUGUCCUCGCCGUGGUCUUCAUUAUCUGCAUUGUCAUUGCUAUUCUUCUGUAUAAGAGUAAACCUGACAGGAAGAGGGCAGAAUCUGACUCUAGAAAGAGCAGCAUACCGAACAGUAAAGAGGUCCCUUCACACCACCCCACAGACCCUGUAGAACUGAGGCGCCUUAACUUUCAAACACCAGGUUCAGAUGAUUCCGGUUACCCUGGUAACCUUCAUUCUUCAAGUAUGGCUAGUCAUCCUCCGAUACCUAUCUUGGAACUAGCAGACCACAUCGAAAGGUUGAAAGCAAAUGACAACUUGAAGUUUUCCCAGGAAUAUGAGUCCAUUGACCCUGGCCAGCAGUUCACAUGGGAACAUUCAAACUUGGAAGUAAACAAACCAAAGAAUAGAUAUGCAAAUGUGAUUGCCUAUGAUCAUUCCCGGGUUCUCCUAUCAGCCAUAGAAGGAAUCCCGGGAAGUGACUAUGUGAAUGCCAACUACAUAGAUGGUUAUAGAAAACAAAAUGCCUACAUUGCAACCCAGGGAUCUCUCCCCGAAACCUUUGGGGACUUUUGGAGAAUGAUAUGGGAGCAACGGAGUGCCACGAUUGUCAUGAUGACAAAACUAGAAGAAAGAUCCAGGGGUGGAGCAGAUUUGCAGAUGGAGAGUCAUGAAAUAAUGGAGGACUUUUUCCAAAAAGUGAAGUGUGACCAGUACUGGCCCAGCAGAGGCACAGAAACCCACGGGCUGGUUCAAGUGACGCUACUCGAUACUGUGGAGCUGGCCACAUAUUGUGUUCGAACAUUUGCACUUUACAAGAAUGGUUCAAGUGAGAAGAGAGAAGUGAGACAAUUCCAGUUCACCGCCUGGCCUGAUCACGGUGUUCCAGAACACCCUACACCUUUCCUAGCUUUCUUACGGAGAGUCAAAACCUGUAACCCUCCUGACGCAGGCCCGAUGGUUGUGCACUGCAGUGCGGGAGUUGGCCGGACUGGUUGUUUCAUCGUCAUAGAUGCCAUGCUAGAAAGAAUAAAGCAUGAAAAAACUGUAGAUAUUUAUGGCCAUGUAACUUUAAUGAGAGCCCAGAGGAAUUACAUGGUUCAAACAGAAGACCAGUACAUCUUUAUCCAUGACGCACUGUUAGAAGCAGUGACUUGUGGAAAUACCGAAGUGCCAGCCAGAAACUUGUAUGCCUACAUCCAGAAGCUGACACAAAUAGAAGCGGGAGAGAAUGUCACGGGAAUGGAGCUCGAAUUUAAGCGUCUAGCCAGCUCAAAAGCUCACACCUCAAGAUUCAUCAGUGCCAAUCUUCCAUGUAAUAAAUUCAAAAAUCGCCUUGUUAAUAUUAUGCCGUAUGAAUCCACAAGGGUAUGCCUGCAGCCUAUCCGAGGAGUGGAAGGAUCUGAUUACAUCAAUGCCAGUUUUAUUGAUGGAUACAGACAACAGAAAGCCUACAUCGCUACCCAGGGGCCCCUAGCAGAGACCACUGAAGACUUCUGGCGGAUGCUCUGGGAACACAAUUCUACCAUCGUCGUGAUGCUCACCAAGCUGCGUGAAAUGGGCCGAGAGAAAUGUCACCAGUAUUGGCCAGCAGAACGAUCUGCAAGGUACCAGUACUUUGUGGUAGACCCCAUGGCUGAGUACAACAUGCCUCAGUAUAUCCUAAGGGAAUUCAAGGUCACAGAUGCCAGGGACGGCCAGUCCCGAACAGUGAGGCAGUUCCAGUUCACUGACUGGCCAGAGCAAGGAGUGCCGAAGUCUGGAGAAGGAUUCAUUGACUUCAUCGGCCAAGUCCAUAAAACAAAAGAGCAGUUUGGCCAGGACGGGCCCAUUUCAGUCCAUUGCAGUGCGGGCGUUGGAAGAACUGGCGUCUUCAUAACACUAAGCAUUGUUUUGGAAAGAAUGAGAUAUGAAGGAGUUGUAGAUAUCUUCCAGACCGUCAAAAUGUUAAGAACACAACGGCCGGCCAUGGUACAGACAGAGGAUCAGUAUCAGUUUUGCUAUCGAGCCGCACUAGAGUACCUGGGCAGCUUUGACCACUAUGCAACGUAGAAACCCCUGACCCAUUCUGGAUUUUUACUACAGCCCUUCAAUAUCCAUGGAGUCUCUUCUGAGCCAUACAGGGCACUUGAGAAGUCCUUCUUAACUUCCUAGCUAACAACUACUUAGUGGGACUAUUACACACAAAGCAAAUUAAAAGCAAAUUAUUCCAGGUGGACCAAGACUUCACAGUUUAAUAAUCUAACCCGAAAAAUAAGAACGAGAAUCCUGACUGAUGAGGCAUCUGAAGGAUUUUAUUUACAGAUCCCUCAAGGAUUCAGAAUCAAGGAGAGAAGACACCACAGCAAAGAACCACCAUCUUGUUCAGGAUUGCUUGACAGGUGCAAGGAGAAAUUGCCAGAGUCCUGCAGCUCAACGCAAGACACGUGCUGGGGUAGCUUCUCGCCGCAAAAUGGACUCUGCUUCGACGUCACCCCUUCCCGCCAUACUGCUCAUAAUAACAUUUCAGGGGGAAAGGGGGGGAUGUUUAAAAAGAAAGUCUUUGAUUUAGUUUUUUAGUCUUGUAAAGAUACUGCUGACCUGUGCUUCAUUUCGAACUGUGUCAACUUUUUUUUAACAAGAUGUAUCAUUCGAUAAAGUGAAUUUUAAAAAAGUUACAUAACUCUUCAUUUUUUUAUUUCCAAAUCGUAGGUUUUUUUAAGCUGUAGAACUGUUAUCCGUAAUAUCUUGCUGUAGAAAUAUCCAGUCAUUUGAAAUUUUGCACAUUUUUGUGCAGUACUCUUAAUCUACAGUAUUAGUCUCGUCAGACUUCUACACUUCUGUUCUGUUUUGAUUGGUGAGAAAGCACCCAUUCUCUUCAGAUAAUCAAAGAGAAUUUUAUUUCGUUCUGUUUUUUGGUUUUGUUUUUGGAAUCAACAGGGAGGCGCAAAGUAUAAAGUUGCUGCUAACAUAUAUACAUCUAUAUCCAUACUUUAUAAGGAUGUUUAUGUAUAUAUAGACAGUGUGUCCACACAAAAAAAGAGAUCUAGCUAUCGGUCAGUUCUUCCAUGAUUGAGUUGUUUCUAAAUGUAGAAAAACUGUUGUCAACAUUUUUUCGAUUUAUUCUCAAUUUUAUGGCAUCCCGGUAUUUUUUAAUAUCAUAAAACUUUGGUUCCUUGAAAGGGAAAUGAGAAAUGCACAUCAGUGAUUGUCAAACCUCACCCCCUAACUUCCUCCCCAGUCUCUCACUCACCCCCACCCCACCCCACCCCGUCAUCUUCACAAAUCCUGUUUUGUUAGCCAGGCUUCCAACAAAGUUCAAUACUUCUAACACUCUAGUGCAAUAAAAAAAAAUAUUAAAUAUCUAAGAGGUGUGCAUGUGGGAAAGGUCAGUGCAUAUCCCUUUAGGAUGGGAGAAUGUUGUAAUAUAUCAGCUAUCAAGUUGUUUAAAAAACAGUGUAUUCAAUCGUAUAUUGUCUAUAGUAUGUGCUAUGAAAUUUGCAUUUAUGAUAUGUAACAGGGGCAAAGCCAAACUCAUGUUACUCUGUUCGGUCAGAAACAUUUUAUGGCAUACAGCAUUCCUGGGAAGUGCUGUACUUUGUUUUGUUUUGAUUUUAGUUUUGCAUUUAGAGUGCCUUAUAAUUGAUGCCUAUUUUGAUAGCAUUUCUUUUCAGCUUCGGUUCGUAUUUUCAUUAGUUGUUCGUAUCUGUUCCUCUUUCUUAUUAAAGCAUUAUCUGUUUACCACAUGUACAAAAACUCUUUGAAUAAUAUGCAUUCCUAGUUUUCAGCCAAGUCGGGGAUGUUAGUGAUUGUACCAGCCCAAAGCACUUGGAUAAUCAGGGCCCUUCUUCUUUUUGUAAGCGUCAACAUCAGGAAAAGUUACUCAUUUUAUUUAUAAUCCCUUCCAAAUCUGCUCUGGAACUUGCAGUAACUGCACCAAACUUAUUUUAGUAGCAGACGUCAUCGGCAACCUUGGAAUAUGUUUGAUAUUCCAUUAGGAUUUUUCUAAGAGGGAAAUAAACAAUAUUUAUCACCCCCAAUUCUCCCAACAUAAUUUCUAUAGGAAGCCAUGAUGAUGGCAUGAGUUUGCCACAUUUUACAUGACGUUAAAGAAUCCUCAGAAUACCCAAGGAACUCUUCAAGAGUUUUGGUAUAGGCAUAAUACUUUGGUUUAAUUUUAGCUUCAAGGAUAUUCUGCAUGGAAGGAUUUUUGUUUCCCACAUUUUCCCAUUGCUAGCAGAAUGAAAUCCAAGAGACCAAACACUCGCAAGCAUUGUAUUUGAGCACUUUUGUAAAAAACAAAGAAAAAGAAAAAGAAAAAAAAAAAGAAAAUAUAUAUAAUACUAAAAAAAAAAAAAAAAAAAAGUAUCUAGAAGGCUACCUCAGAAUGAGACUCUCGAACCUACAUCAGAACCAGAGAAGAAUGUGUACUGUGUGCGUCUGUUAUUGCUUUGUUUUAGUUUGCAUCUUCUGGAGAUUUAUCCAAGUGCCAGAUUACUCAGUGCUAUAAUUUUCUUUUAGUGAAACAAAGGGGGUCAGACAGACAUUGCAUCAUCCAGACAUGCCAUGUUGGGCAUGUAGACUCCGGUGGAGUAUCGCACACCAGAAUGAUUGGCCAGUGAGCAGCUUCUCUCCCGAAACAGACCUGCCCAUUUGGCAAAGGGAAAGCGGACAGUAAUCACGAGAAGAAAAUGAAUGGGAUGCAUACCAUAGACGAACGAGGUGGAGACGAAUCCAGGAAUCUUAUUUACUGUUCGGGAGCUGUUCCUAGAACUCACUCCCUUACCGUCAUUGAUGUGCAUUCCACUCUGUGCUUUCUGUACACCCAUUCAAGUUUUAAUUUCCCGGGUAAACAUCUUUAUCUGCCAUCACCAUACACUUCCAAGUUUCCGAUUAUUUUCAUCUCCAUAACCAGUACGGUGCUAUUAUUUACCUAUGUACGUGUAGUUAUGUAUAAUUUUGUAAUUAGUUACAAUGGUAAAAAAAUCAAAAUAUAUAAAAAGUGAUUUGUACAGAACUUUAUUUUAGCUCUUUUUUAACAAUGAUUUGCAUGGUUAGAUGACGGCGAGGACAGCCAGGGGAGGGAAGGGCCUCUAGGGAACUUUGCACUUUCUAUACCUUUGUACUAUGCACUGCCCUAUUGAUUCUACACCCAAUAAUGUUAUUACUUGAACCCAUCUGUAAGAAACUGCUUCUGAAAUUCAUUUGUGUGUAUGUAAAUAACACAGCAUAGAAACAGGAAGGGAAAAAAGUCUGCAGGCAUGCACAUGUUUUUUUCUUUCCUGUUUAUCUUUGAUUCUGCUUUGUGUUAGUCCCCUCUUCUAUGUUCACCUCCCUUUUUGUUUUUCUUUUCUGGGUUUAUGGGUCCCUGAUACUCCAGCAGAGACCAGAAGGCUACAGAUUCGCCCUAUCCAUCCGUUAUGUGGCUUUGCCAUCCAAGCUUGGAGUGUCUUUACAAAGAUGAUAACAGUUGUGUUCUUUGCUCUCGUUUUGGAUGCAUAGACUGAGAAAUUUAAAAAAAUUACUUGUAAAAUGGCUUGUUAAAAAAUACAAUUACCUCUAAUUAGUAGUACGCGUAAAUGUUUUACAGAAUGAAAGGCGUGCUUUUUAUUUUCUUACUUCGUUACAUUGGUGGCGAAAGAAGUCUGUAUGAAAAUCAGUUCUUUGCUGACACAAGUUCCAUUUGUUACAAAUGAAUUCUAAUAAAAUGUCAGUGUUAUGCA